AUGGAAUCCUGCAGCUUUGGUUCUGAGAUCGAAUUCUCUCCACUGUUCGUCGCCCUCUGGGCAGCCCCUGUCUGGGGAACUCCCAGCCCGUCCACGGGACCCCACAAAGCCGAAAGACCGUCGCUCUCAGCCCCGCGGCCCGCUCCUGACCCACGUCCUCGCCGGUACCCACCCACUCCGAUCGAAGAAGUCAGAAGGCCGAACCCCUCAGCGCGCGGACUGGCCGCCGGACUGGGAGACCGGGGCGUUUGGCGAAUUAUCCCGCGCGGCGGCGCCCCCCAUAGAUCUUCUGCACGCGGCCCGAUCUCGGCAACUGACAACCGCACACGGCAGCGGGGAACCAGUGCCAGGAGGGAAAGAGGAAAUCGGAAGCGGUACAGAGUCCCCAUUGCCUCUACUACUACUCAACCCGUGGCUACCGCUACUCCAACUCCGCCUCGCCUACCGCUACUCCUCCUCCAACUCGGCCCCGGACUUUUCCGGUUUUCUUUUUAUGUGUGUGGGGACGGACCGGUCGGGCUGCUGCCUUCGGUGAGUCACAGCGCCGACGGAGAAAAGUCUAAAAAGAGGCGCCCCGGGUUGAGCACCCAGCCGAAAGACCGUCGCUCUCACCCCCGCGCCCUGCUCCUGACACACGCCCUCUCCAGUGCCCCCGCCCCUUCCGAUGGAAGAAGGCAGAUUCCCGAACCCCUCGGCGCGUGGACUGGCCGCCGGACCGGGAGACCGGGGCGUUUGGCGAGUUAAAGAGUAAAGAGGUCAAAGUAAUCCACCACGGAAAAACGGUUGAUUUUUCGUAGUCCUCUAUGGGGGGUGGGAUUUCAGAUCGGUCAAAAAAGUAAAGAGGUCAACGUAA